AGAAACUGGGAGACAUUAAGCUUAGGACGGGAAAGAGCUGAAGGGUGCAAGAAGGAGUUAUUGUUCUUACAAUAACAGAAAAGGGAACAGAAGUGGGGACUCAGGAAGAGGGGUGUAGAUUAAAGCGGCGGAAGAGGAAGAGGGGCCUAAGAUUCACCGUAUCGCGGCGCCUGGGAAGUUAUUGCUGGUGGAUCCGCCCCUCUGAGGGAGGGAGAGGCAGGCUGGCUAGCCGGCCGGCGCCGCUGGAACAGAUAUCUCUUUGCUUCCUUCCUUCCCCCCUCCCCUCCCCCCCCCCUUCACCUUUUUGUUGCUUGUUCGCUUGGCGGUCAGUCCGUAAGGAGGGAGGGACCUAGGUUAAAGCGACGCCCGAGCAGCCUAGUAGGAGCCUAGGGACAGGCUCGGGCUGCAGCCUCAAAAUUAGGAUGUCCCGACAUGAAGGUGUCAGUUGUGAUGCAUGUUUAAAAGGAAAUUUUCGAGGUCGCAGAUACAAGUGUUUAAUUUGCUAUGAUUACGAUUUGUGUGCGACUUGUUAUGAAAGUGGUGCAACAACAACAAGGCAUACAACUGACCAUCCAAUGCAGUGCAUACUAACAAGAGUAGAUUUUGAUUUGUAUUAUGGUGGAGAAGCUUUCUCUGUAGAGCAGCCACAGUCCUUUACUUGUCCUUACUGUGGAAAGAUGGGUUAUACAGAAACAUCUCUUCAAGAACACGUUGCUUCUGAACACACAGAAACAUCAUCAGAGAUCUGUCCAAUAUGUGCAGCAUUACCUGGAGGGGAUCCGAAUCAUGUCACAGAUGACUUUGCAGCUCAUCUUACACUGGAACACAGAGCUCCUAGAGAUUUAGAUGAAUCUAGUGGUGUUCGGCACGUACGUAGAAUGUUUCACCCAGGCCGGGGUUUGGGAGGCCCCCGUGCACGUAGAUCAAACAUGCACUUUACUAGCAGCUCCACCGGUGGGCUUUCAUCUUCUCAGAGUUCAUAUUCUCCAAGCAAUAGAGAAACCAUGGAUCCUAUAGCUGAGCUUUUAUCUCAGUUAUCAGGUGUGAGACGUUCUGCAGGGCAGCUGAAUUCUUCUGGCCCUUCUGCUUCUCAGUUACAGCAGCUGCAGAUGCAACUGCAGUUGGAGCGACAGCAUGCACAGGCAGCAAGACAACAACUGGAGACUGCACGCAAUGCAACUAGACGCACUAACACAAGCAGCAUCCCCACCACUCUUACACAGUCUAUAGCAGCAACCAAUACAUCUAACACGGAAAACAAUCAGCAGACUAUACAGCAUUCCCAGUUUCUUCUUACGAGGUUGAAUGAUCCUAAGAUGUCAGAAGCAGAGCGUCAGUCAAAGGAAAGUGAACGGGCAGACCGCAGCUUGUUUGUUCAAGAGCUUCUACUGUCCACUUUGAUGCGGGAAGAAAGUUCCUCCUCAGAUGAGGAAGAACGGGGAGAGAUUGCUGAUUUUGGUGCUAUGGGCUGUGUAGAUAUUAUGCCUCUAGAUGUUGCUUUAGAAAACCUAAAUUUAAAAGAGAAUAGUAAAGGAAAUGAGCCUCCUCUUUGAUGGCAUCCCACUUUGCAGACAAUGUCCUCUGUGCUGUAUUUGCCAAUGAAAGUGGACAACAACUAUUUUGGGUUUGUUUUGGUGAUUGUAAUUUCAGGUCUGUCACUCUUGUUACGUUGUGUACAUUCAAAGGAAGAGAGAAAAGAUAUAUAUGAUAAUCAUUUCCACUUAACCAAUUUUUACUUUUAGCAGGUAAAUAUAGGUUGCAGAGAAAAAGCUCUGCGUCCUGUAGCUUGACGUGCAAAAAGCUCUCCUAAUACUCCACAUUCAAACUGAAGAGGAAAAAAUGAAAAAUCUCUAAUGAAGCUGCUGUGUGUAUUUAUGAAUAUUAAUGAAUAAAAAUUGCUUGGAUGGUUUACCUUAA